CAAUCAGAGGCUUACAAUCCUCUGUCCGUCAAAACCAUUUCACGGUUGUUGAAUUAAGGGUUAGGGGUUGGGACGCGUGUCGACACGCCCACACUCUAGCGUCAAAUUUCUGCAGCUACACGUCUGCAGCGACGGAUAUGGUUGGCUCUCAAACAGCAGCGCGGGAAAGAGCACACAAGCAAGUCAUACUGGGAAAGGAGUCACUGGAAAAGAUAUCGCCAUUGUCGUGUUUUUGUAAUUACCCGACUACAAAGUUGUUCAGUAGAUUUAGAAUAUCCUUUUUUUUUGCAUUUUCAUUCACUUUCUCAACAUGCCAUCGCUAGAAGUUACAGAUGCUUCCACUGUUUCUCCGCUGAAGAGGAGAAACACUGAAUUGCCUGCAGAAGACGCCCGACCUGUUCUUAAAUUUGCAAAACUUUCCGAGCGUGCCACCGCUCCCACAAGAGGUUCAGCUAAAGCUGCAGGCUAUGACCUAUACAGUGCUUAUGAUUACGUCAUUGGAGCUAUGGAUAAGGCCAUCGUGAAGACAGACAUCCAGAUCGCGGUGCCGUCUGGCCACUAUGGGAGAGUGGCACCUAGAUCUGGACUGGCAGCAAAACAUUUCAUUGAUGUUGGCGCUGGAGUUGUAGAUGAGGACUACAGAGGGAAUGUAGGAGUUGUGCUUUUCAACUUCAGUAAGGAACCCUUUGAAGUGAAAAAAGGUGACCGAGUGGCUCAGCUAGUGUGUGAGAAGAUCUGCUACCCAGAUCUUGUGGAGCUUCAGACGCUGGAUGAAACAGAACGUGGAGCUGGAGGUUUUGGCUCAACUGGACGCAACUGAAAAUGCCGAAUAUUUUUGCUAUUCAGAUGAGUAGAGCUGUAAAAAAUUAAAUAUACUUUGGCUGUUGAAUAAAUAAAGUUUUUCUAAUUUUUAUUUCAUUUUUAUACUUGCGUCACCACUUGUGAAAGGUAAUUUCUAGUUGUCUUGACAUGUAAAUAAAAAUAAACAGGUCUUCCGUAUAUCCACACGGGGGCACUGUGAGACAAGGAUAA